UAGUAUAGAGAUCACAAGGAGAGGAAUUAGCUAGAAGAAUGAUGUGCAGUCGAGGCCAUUGGAGACCUGCAGAAGAUGAGAAGCUAAGAGAACUCGUCGAACAAUUUGGUCCUCAUAAUUGGAACGCCAUAGCUCAGAAGCUCUCUGGUCGAUCUGGCAAGAGUUGUAGAUUGAGAUGGUUUAAUCAAUUGGAUCCUAGGAUUAACCGAAACCCUUUCACGGAGGAAGAAGAAGAAAGGCUUUUAGCGUCUCAUCGGAUUCAUGGGAACAGAUGGUCUGUGAUCGCUAGAUUUUUUCCGGGUCGAACCGAUAACGCUGUUAAAAACCAUUGGCACGUCAUCAUGGCUCGUCGUGGCCGAGAACGGUCCAAGCUCCGACCACGUGGCCAUGGCCAUGAUGGCACUGUAGCUGCCACUGGGAUGAUGGGUAAUUAUAACGACUGCGAUAAGGAGAGAAGAUUGGUAACCACAACCGCUAUCAAUUUUCCGUAUCAAUUCUCUCAUAUUAAUCAUUUUCAAGUCCUCAAAGAAUUCUUGACCGGAAAGAUCGGGUUCCGGAAUAGUACUACUCCAAUACAAGAAGGAGCAAUAGACCAAACUAAACGACCGAUGGAGUUCUACAAUUUUCUCCAAGUAAACACGGAUUCGAAGAAACCCGUAGCGAUAGACAAUUCAAGAAAAGAUGAAGAAGAAGAAGAUGUCGAUCAAAACAACCGUAACGAGAAUUGUGUUCCCUUUUUCGACUUUUUGUCUGUUGGAAACUCUGCCUCUCAGGGUUUAUGUUAAUUAGUCCGUACCACAUGUAUAAGGUGGACCAUAUGUAGAAAUUACUAAUCAACUAGAGCUCUUGUUUGAGCCAAAUGUGAAAAUUAGUUAAUUAAGACAGCCCAAACAUUUCUUGUAUAACAAAUCAAAGGUUGUACU